AGUGUGUUUUGAAUAUUUUCUGAAGAAGUGAGAAUAAACGAUCGAUCUUUUCAGCUUACCGAAUUGGAAUUUAAAAAAGCUUGAAAAAAGCAAGGUGGUCCUCGCCGCACCCUAUUUAUCUCUCUCUCUCUCUCUCUCCCUUUUCAAAAAAAUAUGUCUCCGUCGUGCUGCUCCGUCGCUCUCUUCUUCCUCUUAGUCUCCGCCAUUCCCUUGGCUUACCUCAUCUCCUUAGAGCGCGCGGUUCCUUCGACACAUGUCAUCUCUUACCACAGCUCCGGCUUCCUCCGCGAGUGCGCCAAAUGGGACGACGUAGGUCGGAGAUUCCUCGUUUCCUACAUGGACGGAGGCGGCGGAAUCGGCCAGCUUGUUCCUUGUACUAGUGAUUCCGACGACGCUCUUGGGGAACUCACUUUGGUCAAAGACGCUGACCUCGCCGGCAACUCUUCCAACGGAUUCGUCAUCGACCGCCACAGAAACCGUCUCCUCCUCGCUGUCGGCGAUUUGCUCGGGAAUCGUUUCAGCGCUUUAGUGGCCUACGAUUUGUCCACGUGGCGUCGUAUCUUCCUCACAGUCCUUAGCAGCAGCAGCAGCCACCAUAGUAUCAGUAAAGAGAUAUCAUACGCACACGAUGUAGCUGUUGAUACACAAGGCAAUGCUUAUGUCACUGAUGCAAAAGGAGGUAAAAUCUGGCUACUUGAUGUCAAUGGGAAGCUUGUGUCCAUCAUUAGAAGCCCUCUCUUCAUCCCACCUGCCUGGUUCAAUAACUUUGUCUCCCUCAACGGCAUCGUUUACCACCCUGACGCCUUCCUUCUCGUCAUCCACACUUUCUCCGGUUUCUUAUUCAAAAUCGAUGUCACCAAUGCUGAUAUUACCACUAAAGUCACUGUCGUUGACGUUUCUGGUGGCUCGUUGAGGUUUGGAGACGGCCUUGAGUUCCUUUCUCCCACCAAGAUUGUUGUUGCAGGCAGCCCGUCUUCGAAACUUGUAGAGAGUUCAGACGGGUGGCGCACGGCUUCCGUAACAGGUUGGUUCAGCAGCGGUAUGGUUCAUCGGUUAGUCUCGUCCGCUACUGUGAAGGAAGGCAGAGUUUAUCUGAACCACAUUGUUGGGUUUGGUUCUAAGAAGAGACACAUACUUGUAGAAGCUGUGUUUUAGACCCUUUUUUUUUUUUUUUAAGUAAUUCUUCUUAGAUUCUUGCUAAUGACCUCUUCUUUAUGCAUGAUUUUAUUAGAAAUCUGAUGUAAAGCUUGUGUUUAUCAAAUUUCUCUUAAUCUAUUAUAGAUAAUCAUGCAUUAUAAGA